AUGGCGGCAACGAAGACACCGAUUAGUCAACAAGACGUUGUUUCCGAUGAUCUGACCUAUGAACUGUGGGCUCGAACCAUGAAAGCUAUACUAGUAGAGAAAGAACUUUGGGCUGUCGUUGAAAAUGGAAUCCCACCGGCCGAUCCAUCGGAGAUUACAGAGUUGGCGGCGGCGACGAUUCAACCCGAAGAGCUUUCCGAAGACAAAGAAGCGCUCCAGAUUUUGCUAUCUUCUCUCCCAGAUUCGCUGAGAAAGACACUCGAAACCACCACUACAGCUUCAGCCAAACAUCUUUGGGAUUUGUUACAAGAAGCUAACGAGGAACUCGAACAAGUUAGGAGAAUUGAAGAAGAAGAUGGAGAACGUAACAUCAUCUCCUCAUCAUCAUCGUUCAUGGAUCCUGCUGGUUUAGAAUCGAAUCAUCAUUAUCUGGCUAUUACGAAUAUGGUACUCUCGUUGUCAGAUUCAUAUGAUCUUACAACGAAUGAACUCAUCAUCUUGGGUGUGAAGAAGCUUACUUUUAACAGAUUUCGUGCGCUUCUUGAUUUUACUGAAGUAUUUGCAGUGAAAUGUACCUUGUAUGAAGUUUUGAAAGAAAACGAGUAUCAAGCAUCACGCGAUUAUAAAGGUUUUAUCAGAUGGAUAACAUCCAUGUCAGAUUCAUAUGAUGGUACAGCUCUGGUGAUGGAGCAAGUCGUGAGUGUAAAGAAUCUGACUUUUAACAAUACUCGUGAGCUUCUUGAUGUGUUUGAAUCAGUACCAGAGAAGAACAUCAGUGGGAUUAUGAACGAAUUUGUGGUUGGAUCAUCGUCACGUGUGAAAGAAGUUUGCUAUUCACCUAGUGAUCUUAGGGGUUUUCUUAAAGAAGCCAAGUUAGGGAUGAAGGAAGGAGAAGGUACUAUCAGCUCAGCAGCAUCACAAUGGAAAAAAGAGAGUGCUACUACAAGGGUGAUGAGAUCUAGGCAUGAAAGAGGAGAGUGUAUUCGAUGUGGAGGUAAAGGGCAUGUUUUCAAAGACUGUAGCAACAAUGUUGUUGGUCCUGUGACCUUUGAGAAGGAUAUGUGGAUGGUAUACGACACUACCACUAACCAUAUGACUCCACAUAUCAACUAUUUCACCACUUUAGACAGAAGACACAGAGCUCAGAUCGAAUUCAUCACCGGGGAAUCUGUCUUUGCUGAAGGAAUGGGAGAUGUCAGGAUCAUGACCAAGGAAGGGUUGAAGAAGACUAUCAAGGAUGUGCUUUUUGUUCCCAAUAUCGACAGAAACGUGUUGAGUGUUUCUCAGCUGACAGACGCCGGCUACAUAGUCGCAAUGACCACUGACAAAUGCACUAUAAUGGAACAGAAAACUAGGAGAUUAUUUGGUCGAUGCUUGUGGGAAGAGAGAGGCUAUUUUCUGCGUUUGCAGGUGGUUGAAGGUAAUCUCACAUCUAAUUGCUAG